AUGAAGGACGGCUUCAAGUACGAGCCCUGCAAGGUCAUCGCGGAGAUCGGGUGCAACCACAUGGGCAGCUUCGAGACGGCCAAGGAGCUCAUGCUUUUAGCCAAGGCGACGGGCGCGGGGUACGCCAAGUUCCAGAAGCGCUGCCCGCGCGAGCUCCUGACGAAGGAGCAGUACGACGCGCCGCACCCCGUGCCGCACAACGCCUACGGCCAGACCUACGGCGCGCACCGCGAAUUUUUGGAGUUCAGCAAGGAGCAGCACGAGCAACUGCACGCGUACGGCAAGGAGAUCGGCAUCGAGUGGGCGACGUCGGUCUGGGACGUGACGUCGGCGCGCGAGAUGGCGGACAUCCCCUGCGAUUACCUCAAGGUGCCGUCGGCGUGCAACAACCACUUCGACAUGCUCAAGGUGCUCCGCGACGAGUACGCGGGCGACGUCCACGUGUCCACGGGCAUGACGACGCUCGCGGAGAUCGAGGACGUCGUCGCCUUCUUCGAGGCGACGGGCCAGGCGAAGCGCCUCGUGGUCUACAACUGCACGUCGGGCUACCCGGUGCCGUUCCCGUCCGUGUGCAUGCUCGAGCUCGUGCGUCUCUACGAGCGCUACGGCGACCGCGUCAAGGAGCUGGCCUUCAGCGGCCACCACCUCGGCAUCGCCAUCGACGUCGCCGCCUACACGCUCGGCGCCAAGUGGAUCGAGCGCCACUUCACCAAGGACCGCACCCGGCUGUGCACCUGGAAGGGCACGGACCACGCGGCGUCGCUCGAGGCCGGCGGCUUCGGCAAGCUCGUCCGCGACCUCGAGGCGACGCACCAGGCGCUCACGCUCAAGGCGUCCGAGAUCCUGCCCAUCGAGGACGAGCAGCGCGACAAGCUCAAGUUCCGCAAGGCGGAGCCGAAGAGCGCGGAUUCCCCGAAGAAGAAGGCGAAGAACUAG